UUAGCAACUAAGAUCGGUCUAAUAAUAUACGCUUCAAAAAAAAAUGCCUUCCAAAAAUUUACGCAGCCUCUGGCCCCGAGAGCUCCAGAGCCAAUGCGCUAAGCUUCAGGUUCAACAUCUUAGCCGUCCCCUGGCCUCAUUCACAUCCUCGCAGCGCUCAAUAUGCACUCGCCCCCUUCAUUCGCAACUCUCCCUCGCCCUCUCAGAUCUCCCGAGCUCUUCCUUUCUCCGACAACGAACCGCAACAACAGUAACAGCCACUGCCCCGUUUGCCAGCAGCGUCAAUGGCCAGCAGAGUUAUAGGUCUGCUUCUAGGCUUGCACGCGCUAUUGCGCCGCGUCCGGGUACCGCCGCUGAGACGUACGUUGCCUACGGAUUGACUCAGAAACUAUUUGAGGCUUGCUCCAGCCAGGGCGAUUACAGGAUACCGCAGCUACAGGAAAAGGGAGCGCAGGUGCCUAAAACCGAGGCCGGAGAGGAUCUCGGUGUUGGUGAGGGUUGGUGGUAUGAAGAACUCGGCCUUGUUCCAACAUUCUCGACAUGGUCCCAGAUUACAUUCUUGCACAUGUACCUGUUGACCGUCCGGCUGCGGGCUCUGCCUACCCAUGAAAGUCUCCAGACUUACUCGCGUCACUUGAUCGACCAUUUCUCGCAUAACGCCGAGCACCGCAUGGAUGUUCUUCAUGGUCUCACAAGCCGCGGUAUCAGGAAUAAGUUCUUGAAGGAUCUAUUUAUCCAAUGGCGUGGUGUGCUUGCUGCGUAUGACGAGGGGUUGAUCAAGGGUGAUGCGGUUCUUGGUGCCGCUGUCUGGAGGAAUCUCUGGAAAGCGAGCUAUACCGGUCCUGAUGGGGAGGAAAUUGAAUGGGAAAAGAUUGCGCGCGUGGUUGCUUAUAUGCGCCGCGUACUCUCGGAACUUUCGCAAGUGGAUGAGGCGGAUUUGAUCUUCCAUUUAGGAACGAGAAAGAGCGGAAAGCCCGGUUUAUUUGCACCUUCACCGGCAGACACAUUGCUGGUUGAAGCUAAGCAAUAAUCUGCGGUAUAAUGUUUGGUUGGUAGGGGAAUAGGCGCUUUUUUUUUGGUUUAGUCUUGUACAGUACAACUUUACCCCAUCUUUAACUCCGCAGUGCGAGAAGAUAGAUAUCAAUUGUAUUAUAUAUGUGGAAACAUGAGUAUGGCACUUGAGUGUUCCGAACUUGAGCCUACAAUAAUCAGACUUGUGAAAUUGUGUUUCCCAAACAGGGAAAGAUACAAUCACAAUUUUGGUUGAAUUGGUAUGACGAGCUAAUCUGAAUAUAUCUAUUUUAAACAGAUCAAGCGUC